AUGGUGAAUUGCAAGCCAGCUGCAACACCAAUGACAAUUGGUACAAAGCUCGGUAAGAAAGAUCAAGGGUCAAGUGUAGAUCCAACCUUAUAUAAGAAAUUGGUUGGAAGUCUCAUGAAUUUGACAACAUCAAGGUCCGAUAUAAUGUUAUCUAGAAUCUUCCAUGAGCACCCAUUGGCAAGCUGGAAAAAGGAUCUUAAGAUAUAUUGUUGGAACAACAAAUUUGGCAUUUUGUAUACAUCAAUUUCAGAUUUUAAGUUGUCUGGAUAUUCUAAUAGUAAUUUUGCAAGCAGUAUUGGUGAUAGGAAAAGCACAUCUGGGUAUGUGUUUAGUUUUGGAUCGGGUGCAGUAGCAUGGGCAUCAAAGAAGCAGCCCAUUGUGACUUUAUCAUCGGCUGAGGCAGAGAAUGUUGCAAUGAUAGUAGCAGCUUGUCAAACUGUUUGGAUGAGAAGGAGUUGCUACAUGAAUAAGAAGAACCGACUCGGAUUUAUUGUGAUAACAAAUCCGCCAUUGCAUUAG